AUGGGCGCAACCCCGUUCCAUCAUUCCGUCCUCGAGGUCCGACUACCAAAGCACUUUGAUAAGCCAACGGACAUGAGGUACGAUGGAACUCAAGACCCCCAAGAGCAUCUAACGGUCUUUGAGGCCAGAAUGAACUUGGAGGGGGUAGGCGACGAGGUGAGGUGUCGCGCCUUCCCGGUCACUCUAGCAAGAUCUGCGAUACGGUGGUUUAACAGCCUCCCGCAGGGUUCUGUUGCCAAAUUUUCAGAUAUUAGCCGCGCUUUCUUAGCCCAAUUUACCACCCGCAUUGCAAAGGUGAAACACCCGAUCAACCUACUUGGGGUGACACAGAGGUCUGGAGAGCCGACCAGAAAAUACCUAGACAGGUUGAACGACGAAUGUUUGGAGAUUGACGACCUAACCGAUUCGGUGGCCAGUCUGUGCUUAACGAAUGGACUUCUGAAUGAGGAUUUUAAAAAGCAUCUCACCACGAAGCCGGUGUGGACGAUGCAAGAAAUCCAAAGCGUGGCUAGGGAAUAUAUCAACGAUGAAAAAGUCAGUCAAGUGGUGGCUGCCAACAAGCGGCAGCCUGCCUACAAUCAACCUCGGCAGCACGGUGGCGAGGAAAUGCUAAAAGAUCACGCCAGAGACGGCGGGCCAACCAAAAUAUUCAAGUUGUUUCCCUGUGUUGGGAAAUUCACCAACUACACCCCCUCGCCGUCCCCAUCGUAG